UGGAAAAGGCCUCCAUUCCAUAUACUCGACAUACAUGAUAAUGGGAAAUCAUCUACCGUAAGUUCUCAAGAAAAAUUCUUUCUUUGCACAAAUUUGGUCGCAUAAUUUCGGUAAGAACAAUACAGAAUACGAUAGUCGUGCUUUAAAGAGGCUCUGUAGGAUGCAAUAGGGCAGGAGCAACGGUGAUUUGGACCAUUGGAUUAGAUGAUGAAAAAGUUGAAGACGUUGAAAAAGAGGAAAAAUUUGGUUAAAUCGGAGAGAGAAAAAGAGCCCAUCGGGAACACGUGCUGCGUUCACUAGUCCACUGUCGCUUCCCAUCUCUAUCUCUUUGACAACGUUGUUCAUUUCACCACCACUUCUUCCACUCUCUUUCUUCCCCUCUCCUUCUUUCCUAAUAAUAAAAAAAUGUUGAAGCUUUCGUGUAAUGGGCUCGACCGGGUUCACUCCCUUGCCCAAUGCGGGUUUUCCGCCCGCCCCGCCUGUGUGGGCACUCGCCGGAGGAGGACUGNCAUCGCUGGAUUCCGGUCGCCUGGAGUCAGGGCAUUUCCUGUGGUGGCGGUUGUGUCGGACAAGGACGGCGCGGUNGCGAGCCGGGUGGAAACGGAGGCCGGGACCCUGGCGGACCGGUUGAGGUUGGGGAGCUUGACGGAGGAUGGGUUGUCUUAUAAAGAGAAGUUCAUUGUGAGGAGCUAUGAAGUAGGGAUCAACAAGACUGCCACUGUGGAAACCAUUGCUAAUCUACUGCAGAUUAGCAAUUCCUGAGGAGGACAGUAAUUGCUUGAAGAAAAUUCCAAAAUUGGAAGACCCUGCUGAGUAUUCCAAAGUUGGACUUGUGCCAAGAAGAGCAGAUCUGGACAUGAAUCAGCAUGUUAACAAUGUUGCCUAUAUUGGAUGGGUGCUUGAG